GACAAGGUCUGUUGAAAGAGGAAAUAUUUCGUCCUUGACAGUUUGAAGCAUUGCAUAUUGAAGUUUGAAGUCGGGAAUUGAACUGAAUUGUUUAGGGAAUCUAUAUUCUACAGCUCUGGGUUUAUUUUCUGUUGAAACUAUUACAGGAACGAGGAAUUUUUUUGGUUUGGCUUAUUUUACAAUUCUUGAAGUUUAUUGUAAACUUAUAUGAUACAUGAGUGAAAGUCAAUUUUAUAGAUUUUCUCAUAAAUAAACAUUGUUCUCCAUAAUAUGAUCGCAGAAAUAGAUUCAAACGUGAAAACUUUUUCUCCUCGGAAAAGUGGUGAUAAGUUCAUCAACUUAAUUGACAACAGAUCGUGUACCAAACCUUCUACUAGGUAUUAUUUUAUGAAAUAGUGCAUGCAACUUCUUACGAAUGGGGCUUCUAAAGGAUACCAGGGAUAUGAAGGAUAACUCGCAGCUGUGGUUUCGUGGAGUGAGAAGCUCAAAGUUUCGCCACGUAUAUGGCGAAUCGGCAAAAAGGGAAAAAUGUUAUGAUAACAUUCAAAUCACCAAGAAUGCACACGAUUCCCAAUUCUGCGCUGUCAAUCCGAAAUUCAUAGCCAUUGUUACCGAAGUUGCUGGAGGCGGGGCGUUCAUCGUAAUUCCUAUUAAUUGUACUGGUAGAUUAGACUUUAAUGCAAGUAAAGUCACUGGCCAUUCGGGUCCUAUCCUAGAUAUUAAAUGGAAUCCUUUCAAUGACAAUGUUAUUGCUUCUUGUGCCGACGAUUGCACGAUAAAACUGUGGCAUAUUCCAGAUGAAGGUUUGUCUAUGCAUCUCACAGAGUGUUUGGUAGAGCUUCAAGGCCAUAAAAGACGAAUUGCUUACAUAGAAUGGCAUCCGACAGCGGAAAAUAUUUUGUUCAGUGCUGGAUUCGACCACUUAUUGAUCGUUUGGGAUAUUGAGAAAGGAGGAGCUGUAAAUGUUAUUGACUGUCAUCAUGCUGCCAUCCAUUCCAUGUCUCUCAACAGGGAUGGCAGUUUGCUUGCCACUACAUGUAAGGAUAAGAAAUUGAGGAUAAUAGAGCCCAGAAGUGGUAUAGUUAAAUCGGAGGGCAUUUGUCAUGCUGGUCCAAAAGCAAGCAAAGUUGUUUAUUUGGGAUCUACAGGACGUCUGCUGACUACAGGAUUUUCACGUCAUUCUGAUAGACAAUAUUCUGUUUGGGAUGAAAAUAGCCUUGAUAAACCUCUCUUCACUGAUACCAUCGACAGUUCUUCUGGCAUUGUUUCUCCAUAUUUUGAUCCAGAUACCAACAUGGUAUACUUGGCGGGAAAAGGUGAUGGAAAUAUAAGAUAUUAUGAAAUAACAGAUGAGCCGCCAUAUAUACAUUUCUUAAACCAAUUUUUAUCUGGAAAUCCUCAGAGAGGUUUAGGAUGUAUGCCUAAAAGAGGUCUCAAAACUUCUCAGUGUGAAAUAUUCCGUUUUUAUAAACUUCAUGCGACUAAGGGUAUGUGUGAACCUAUCAGCAUGAUUGUACCUCGUAAAAGUGACCAGUUUCACGAUGAUCUCUACCCAGAUACAAUUGGUUCUAAGCCUGCACUCUCAGCUCAAGAAUGGAUUAGAGGAUCAAAUGCAAUGCCAAUUCUUGUAUCAAUGAAAACAGGGGAAAGUACAAUCCUCAACAUAACCUCAAUAAAACAGAGUAAUUAUAAUAAGAUAAAUGCACCACUUAUUGACAACAAUAAAAGAAAAUUUGCUUUUCUUUCUACUGAGACAGUACCUGAUUACAGACCAAAGGAUUUAAUUACUGAGAAAAGCCAAAAGACUUCGAAUAAUCAAACGACAAAGUUUCAGCAGUUACAGCAACGUUUCAGUCAUGUUGAAGUUAAUAAUAAAGACAUAUCUCUAACAAGAGAGAUGAAUAACAUUGGAGAGAAUAUAUUGACGGAUAAUGAUCUUCGACGAGCUUAUCAGUCUCAGUGUGAAGAAAUAAGAAAAUUGAAGAAACAAUUGUCAAAUAGUGAACAGCGCAUAAAAGAACUCGAGGAGCAAGUGAGGAGAUUACUUAUCAAAUGAGUUUUAGCAAUUACCCAACUCAUUCCUCAAAUCGAACAUCACUAUGUACAUUUUUAUAUAAUUGUGGAUUUUAUUAAGUUUAUGUAAUGUUGCUCUUAUCUAUAAUUUUAAGUCUGACUUUAUUUUUGUGAUAAUCCUUGUAACGAAGAUUAGGAUAUAUUUUAUAUUUUUUUAGUAAUUUUGUCCUCUCAUACAAAUUAAUUUAGUGACAUCAGUAUUCAUUGAAAA